AUGGCUGCACGUCCGGCUGAGAUCGUCUCUCUGCAUGCAGGACGUGGACGUCGUGUGGUAUGCGCAAGCGCAACCCGUUCCGGCACAUCAGCGUGUUUCGCGGACAUGACGACGUCGAGCGACGACGCCAACAGCCUUGACGACAACUGGUCCAACACCGGCUUCUACUACGUCAAGGCGACGAACCGGACCGUGGAGAUGCUGCGGCAGUGGCGGGCUGCGCGGCGGAGGUUCCCGCCGAACCACGGGCAGGCCAUCUUCAACGAGAUCAAGCACGAGCUUGCCGCCGCCCUCGGGGUGCGCAUCCAGUUCCGGCCUCGACACGGCGCGUUUCGCUGGCUUCUGCCCGAUCUUCCACAGCAACAUGGGCGCGGCGUGCACCAUGCACGCCAACUGCUGCUUCGGCCUCGCUAA